CGCGUGCGUGCGUGUGUGGGUGGCGCGGGCUGCCACCAACUGGCUGUAGCGGCCGGAAGCCAAACUGGGUCCACUUAACUGCCUCAGAAGAGUAUGUCACCUCCUCUGUCACUGUGACCCGCGCUUGCCGCCUGGGAGUCGUGGUGGUGGACGACCUGGAACCGGAGAAACGGAAACAUGGACUCAGUGGUUUUUGAGGAUGUGGCCGUGAACUUCACCCUGGAGGAGUGGGCCUUACUGGAUCUUUCCCAGAAGAAACUCUAUAGAGAUGUGAUGCGAGAGACCUUGAGGAACCUGGCCUUAGUAGGGAGAAAAUGGGAAGGUCAUGCCAUUGAAGAUGAGUACAAAAAUCCGGGGAGGAAACCAAGAAAUCUUGUGGUAAGAAGACUCUGUGAAAAUAGAGAGGGUAGUCCACCUGGAGAAAAACUUGAGCCUUAUUCCAAGUCUCAGUUUGAA